AAUGGUAUUUAAGUAGCGAAACUUCCAUAGUCAAGCAUUAGUUGAUCACCUGACGUGAAACAUCAAGUUACUCAAGCAACAUGUUGGCCUACGUUUUCCUAUUGGCUCUAUUAGCCCCAUCAGCACUGGUGUCCGCUCAAACAGCCGGAAUCCGACAAUGUACAGGAGGAAGAGCGCCACCUCAGAGUGUUGCCAUUGAGAACUGCGCUCAAGCACCAUGCGAUGUGUUCCAAGGAAGUAACGCAGUUAUGAGCGUCAAUUUCCGUUCCCUACGAGUCGCUAACAGUCUACGUCCUCAAGUGUUUGCCACAGCUCUUGGUGAAACUAUUGAAUACAAUUUGCCACCAAAUCAACGAGAAGCCUGCGAUCACUUGAUUACUGGAAGCUGUCCACUAUCCGUCAAUGAAGAUGCAACCUACAGAUUUGUGUUCCCUAUCACAGCAAUCUAUCCACCUAUUCCAGUUGCCGUCGAAUUGACACUUUGGGACCAAGCUAACCAACAUGUGUUCUGUGCCUUGAUUGACAUUCACGUCCGCCUUCGUUAAAUUUGGAGAAAGAAAAUGGAUUUUGUGUUUCCGACGAAAGCUUUACUUUAUGUUUGUUUAAUUGUGUUUUUUUACCCUAAAUUAUAAAAAUCUACCGAUCUA